CCGCUACGCCGCCUCCGACAUCCCUCACGCUUUUUCGUCAAAUCGCGCCUGCUUGAGCUGCUACUGCAACUGCACCUACCUACACCUGCUUCCCCUUUGUCGGACCAUCACGAGUAGUCACGAUUUCGUUCCUCUACCGGUCGCAAGUAGAAGUUGCAUCGCUGUUCCAAUUGCAUAUCCAUCCGCGACGACUACACCGAACGCUCAUAGCCGAGUAGAAGGACGUUGAGGAGGGGAAACAACCAGCUGCAUCGAAAUCUACCGGGAAGAAAGUCGCAUCUUGGUCGACUAGGCACGAUUUUAAAUGCGAGGCUUCGAAACGAGACCCGCCUGCACACUCGACCAGCCAGCCAUUCGACAACAUCAUUUUACUAUUGCUCCAGCAAACAUCACCAUUUCACUUUGAAAACAGCUGCCAUCCGCCAACCUCCGACUAAAGAAACGAGUGAAGAGUACUCGGAUCAUUGUCACCGACUCUCGCAACUAUCGCACAGCCUCUCCGUUCCAUGCUGAAAUCUACGACACUGUCCUGAUACCACUUCCGCCCUACGAACCCACCCGCCGUUGUUCGACGAGACAUUUAAACCGGUUUCUUUCCCCGCGACGCGGAUUGGUCGAUAUCGGCGUUGUGUUGAAAGGAAAAGAAACCCAACCCGUUGGCACUUGACCAUUAGUCUCGCCGCAACCGUCAGCCACAAUGGGAUCAACACAGUUCGGCAACUUUUUCAACUUCUGCCGAGACUCAACACUGCCGGUCUGCAAUGUGCUUUCCGAUGACCAUAGUCAAUCAGGACCAUGGGGCGGCUGCGAGUUAACGGGAAUCUCUUUGAGCGGAGGUCGCAAGCUGGGAAACCUUGGUUCUAUCCUCCUUGCAGCCUUCGCCAUCAUUGCAUCUAUUUAUCUCUUGCUGCGGUCAGAGCGCAAGAAGGCUGCAGUAGGUCGGAGGGAAAUGCAGCUGUUCCUCGCCAGCUUCAUCGUCAUUGAAUUAUGCGAAAUCUUCACUGUCGGAGAAUUCCCUUUGGCGGAAAAUGUUCGCAUUGCCUUCACCGGAAUCCACAUCGGCAUGAUCAUUGCAUCGACAUGGAUCCUGAUGCUCAACGCCGUCGUCGGGUACCAGAUUGUUGACGACGGAACACCGUUGUCGAUAGGCUUGAUUGUCGCCUCUGCUGCUAUUCUCCUAGGUGGCACUCUAUACGUUACUCUUGAUACCGGGUUUCAAUGGACCAACUACUGGGACUCAUCGUACCAACCGCCAAACCGCCACAUCGCUCUGUACGUCUUGUACCAGUUGGUCCCGCUGAUCUUUUUGGUCGCCUUCUUCGUCCUCGAGACUAUUCUCGUCGUCCGUGUUCUGGGCGAAAUGCGACCGAUGCUUUAUCUCACCGCCGCUCUGCUCCUCUUUGCCAUUGGUCAAAUCUUCAACUACGUUGUAAGCUCCCAUAUCUGCAACGGUACCAACGGUGCAGUUGAUGGGGCCCUCUUCCAGACCCUGUUCACGCUUCUCGCGGUUGUCGCGGUAUGGAUCUUUUGGUCAAGCAUCACAGAGGACGAUUGGCCUAUGCCUGUCGGAAACAACUUCCCCUAGAUCGGAAGACAUCCAGCUGAGGAAAGUCAUCGAAGACAGGGUGCUCCGAGGCCGUACAGGAGUAGAUUCAUCGAGCACUUUGACGACGAGGAGGAGCCUGUGGUGUGCUGUUUCUGUUGUUGAGACAGUGGCAUUGAAGAGGUUGCAAUGCCAUUCUCCCUCAACGCCCUAGUCACUGGUUAGCUAUCUCCCGAGCACCAGGACUUGAACAUUGUCGGUAGCGCUGUUAUCCAGCACUGGAAGAAACCAGGGUCGGACGGCGUCCGAAUAUUGGCCGAGCUACGAACAGGCCAGAUUCGAAAGACCAAACCAUCCACGACGGAGCCACGACAACACGCAGCAAGAGAUUCAGUAACCUAUGCUGCAGAUUUUAAACUUUUUACACUCUUUGGCCGACAAGCGGCACGCAAACAGGCCGAACGACAGACAUGAACAUUCGAUGCAAACAAAAGCAUGAGAAACGCAUGGUGGAUUUACAUUCUUGAUUUCCCUUAAUUAUGGAGUUGGAAUGGGAUUGGGGCAGACAGACAUUUACGUUCAACGGAUGACGCAGCAGUUGGUGAAGAGGAAACAGGCCUAUUGUGCAUAUUUAUGACGUUUGGAAGAGUAGUCUUUUGGUCUAGCGUCGAUGCAUGAGGCGCUGAACAGGCGGCUGAGAGCGUCUGUCCACGCCUGUAUAACGUGUGGGUUUUGAUAUUCAACGUAGUAGCGGAUAGUAUACCCCGGAGGCGCGAUUAAUGUACCCGAAGCUCUGAGUAAUAGAAUCGAAACCUGCUCGGUUUACUCAAGAAAAGCAGUUUCCUCUUCAUGCAAAUACCACUCAAGAUGUCAAUCCUGACAUUGAAGAGCCGUUACUUUUUAGCGGCUUCGCGCGAAAUGCUUGAGCGUGAUGCUCUUGAAGAUGAAUCAGUGAGGCGGCAAUUUGCAGUGUCAAUUGAAAAGAACGAAGUUCGUGCACGAUAACUCGAAUAAAAACAUUGGUAGACUCGUAACUGCUAGUACAACGCAUAAGUAAAAUGACCACAAGAGACUCCGCAAAGGGCGAUGUAUACGCGCCUUGCCAGCCAAACCUUUGUUGCAAAAUACACAGCAAAUCCCGAGCAGACCUUGACGAAGAAAAGCAACUAUCCUGCAAUCUGGCCAAUAUGCCCUUCUUGUUAAUCGUAUUCCCCUCCGUGACUCCCUUUUCCCCCAAGAUCGCUGGGCCUUGACAACUCUGCACUCACUCGAUCCACGAUGCAACUUCUAGCGAUCCACGAUGCAACUUCUAGCGAUCCACGUGC